AUGAAAGAUGAGCAUACAACAUUGGCUGUUUCCAUCCUCAUGUCGAUCGUAGCAGGAAUCUUUUCUUACAAAAUUUUACCCAAGCUAAGAGAAACUUUCGUGAGGGUUAACUUAUCCGGUCGAGAUAUGCUGAAAGCGGACAAACCACUACUGCCCGAGACUAUGGGAUUGCCAAUUGCUAUCAUAUACCUUAUAGUUCUAUUUUCUUUCAUACCCUUUCCUUUCAUAAAUUGGUUUGAAGGCGCAAAGCUAGUGCAUGAAGAGCAAUCUGAUUUUGCAACGUUUCCCUAUAAUAAGCUUGGCGAAAUACUCGCCGCUAUUCUAGCUAUUCAGUCAAUGGUCUUACUAGGUUUUGCAGAUGAUGUUUUAGAUGUCAGAUGGAGAUACAAAGUAUGGUUACCUGCAAUUGCAGGUAUACCAUUGCUGAUCUUCUAUUAUACAAAUAUGGGCGCUACACAUGUUGUUUUGCCUUUACAAUUGAGGCCCUACUUGGGAGAGUUGGUUGACCUAGGUAUACUCUAUUACAUCUACAUGGCUAUGGUUAUAAUAUUCUGCACACAUAGCAUUAACAUUCUGGCUGGUAUCAAUGGUGUGGAAGCAGGACAAUCGCUGGUAAUUGCAAUAUCAGUUAUUAUGAAUGAUAUGCUUUAUAUCUUCAAUAAUCCAGAUGGUGCAAGCCUAGAAGCGCAUUUAUUCAGCCUUUAUUUUCUAAUACCAUUUGUCGGUGUAACUCUCGCCCUACUCUACCACAAUUGGUAUCCUGCCCGUGUUUUCGUAGGCGAUACAUUCUGUUACUUUGCGGGCAUGACGUUUGCAGUUGUGGGUAUACUGGGUCAUUUCUCAAAGACACUGAUGCUCUUCUUCCUCCCGCAAAUAUUUAACUUUAUUUAUUCUUGUCCUCAACUAUUCCGAUUUGUUGAAUGUCCACGUCAUCGUAUGCCCCGAUUCGACCCUACAACCGGUCUUCUGCAAUGCUCAACCGUUCGCCUUAAUGAUAAGAAGCCAACUCGCUUCUUGGGAAACAUAAUGAUAAAGUUUCUGCAUGCGAUCGGCCUUCUGAAAGUUUUCCAAUAUGACAAAAACGGCCGCAUCCUUGAAUGCAAUAAUCUUACUCUAGUGAACCUCGUGUUGGCAUAUGUAGGCCCUAUGUCUGAGCAAAAUACAACAUUAAGCAUAUUAUGUAUUCAAGUACUAAGUAGCUUAUUAGCAUUUAUUAUCAGAUAUAAACUCGUACACUUUGUAUAUUAG